AUGAAGAUCUAUACUGCUUUCCUCUAUACUUUCCUCGCCAUCACCACGCUAGGUGUUGCAAGCCCCACGGGCAACAGCGACAUUGCCGCCGACAAUGUCACCCCCGCUGAUGCUGGGGUCCCGAACGUUUUCGAGAAGCGUAGGGGCUGCAGCGGUGACAGGAAAGACACGGACGUGUGUGGUGGGAAGAAGCUCGCAGAACAGAACUCCUUCCAUAACUGUUCCAGCAAAAACAACGGCAAGUGUUGCGCCAAGAAUAAAGAUGGAUCCGGAGGAAUCGAUGUGAACAAGGGAGGUGGUGAGAACUGUGGCUAUUGCUUCAGCGGCAAAUGCUCUGGCUGA